GUCAAUUUGACAAAGUUUUCCUUAUCUUUUUUAUCAUUUGAUAAAUAGCCGCAUGCGCAUUUUUCCAGCGCGUAAAAUAACUCAAAUUAAUAAAUAUUUAUAUUAAAUAUAAAUUUUCAAAAAUAAGUUUUACUAUUAUUUGUGUUUUAAAAGUAUAAUAAAAUGGAUAAAUACAUGGUACUGGGUCAGGUUGGUGAAGGAUCAUUUGGCCAAGUAUACAAAGCACAAAAACGUAUAAAUGGUGAAAUUGUUGCAAUUAAAGUUAUAAGAAAGAGAGGUAGAUCACUCAAAGAGUUGAAAGGUUUACGACAAGAAUGUGAAAUUCAAAAACAUUUGCAUCAUCCAAAUAUUGUUCAAAUGAUUGAUUCAUUUGAGACUGAACAUGAGAUUGUUGUUGUAACUGAAUAUGCUGAUAAAGAACUUUAUGAUAUUUUGGGUAAAAGUGUACGUUUAUCUGAAGAAAGAGCACAAGUUAUUGCCUGUGAUUUAGUAUCUGCAUUGUAUUAUUUACAUUCUAAUCGUGUAUUACACAGAGAUCUAAAGCCUCAAAAUGUUUUGGUUGAAAAUAAUGGAGUUGCAAAACUUUGUGAUUUUGGAUUUGCCAGAAGUAUGAGUACAGGAACACAUGUUUUAACAUCAAUAAAAGGAACACCUCUAUAUAUGGCACCUGAAUUAAUUGAAGAAUGUCCAUAUGAUCAUAAUGCUGAUUUAUGGUCACUUGGAUGUAUAAUAUAUGAGUUGGUUGCUGGUGAACCACCAUUUCAAACAACAUCAAUAUUACAUUUAGUUAGAUUAAUUAGAUUUGAAGCUAUUAAAUGGCCAGAUUUUAUAUCACAUAAUUGUAGAAAUUUUCUUCAAGGUUUAUUACAAAAAGAUCCAUCAAAACGUUUAACAUGGCCAGAGUUACUUGAUCAUAAAUUUGUAAAAGGUAGAAUACUUAUUGUUAAUGGUGCAUCUGGACCAACACCAUUUACAACACCAUUAUCAGCAAGUCAAGCAUUUGAAAAACAACAACAAUUACAUAAUUUAUCAUUAAAAACAACUAAUUAUCCAUGUAUAUUAGAAAAAGCUGUACAAAAAGUACAAAAUAUAGAAAAAGAAAAAAAAAAAAAUAAUUAUUCAAGAAUAGCUUUAUCACAAUCAAAAUAUCCAUAUGAUGAUAUGCAUAAUUAUUAUCAUAAUAAUCAUCAAACAAAUAGACAACAGUUAAAUUUAUUACGUCAUAGUGAACCAAGUGGUGCUGAAUCAAGUUCAAGUGUUGAUGUUUUACUUGGUAAUUUAAGUUUACGUGCAUCAUUAAAAAGUGAUUUAUUAAUUGUCGAUGAUGAUGAUGAUGAUAAUAAAAUUAAAAAUAAUAAUGAUAAAAAAAUAAGUUCUUAUGAAGAUUCAACAAAUUUAAGUAAAUCAACAAAUAUCAAUCAAUCAUCAGAUAAUUUUAAUGAACAAAGUAGAUUAAGUAUGGACUAUGAACAAGAAUUUGGUAAUAAUAAAAUAAAUAAUAAAAAAAUUGAUUUAUUAUCUGAUUGGGAUGCAAAUAUUAUUGAUCAAUAUAUUGAAAAUGAAGAAUGGAUUGCAUUUUUACAAAAAUCAAUGGAAGAAAUUAUUGAUGGUGAAAUAUUAUCGCUAUUACAAGAAAAUUGUGUAUCAGUAUUUGUAUCACCAUUGAGAAAUCGACUAGCAAGUUGUUGUGUUGUUGAAUAUGUAUCAUGUUUAUUAUCAUUACCAUUUGUUGUUAAUAAUAUAAAAAAAGAUGAUAUUGAUAAAAUUGUUAAAGUAUAUCUUGAUGUUAGAGUUGUGCCAAAUUUAGUAUAUGCAUUAAAAUUAUUAAUGUCAGAAAAAGGUGAUAAUAAUGAAAUAAAUGGUAAAUUAAAUGAAACAAAUACAAGAUCAUCAUCAACAUUAUCACCAGAUGAAUUACAAACAAUUGAAUGUACAAUGCUUAUUUUAUGUAGAUUAGUUUAUAUGAAAGAACAAUUUUUAAUGCAAUUUUGUGAUGCUAUUUAUAUUGUUAAUGGUAUACCAUUAUUACAACAAUUAAUGGGAUUAGAAAAAAGAAAAGCAAGAGUUGUUACUGAUUUAGUUGCAAUAUUAAAUAAUAUACUAAGAUUACAACCAGAAAAUGCUGAACUUGUUGAAAAUGUUGUACUUCGUAUGAAAACACCAAAUGGAUCGAUUGAGCAAUUUAGCAAAUUGCUGACGCAUAAAAGAAUUGUACUGAGAACUAGGGCAUGUACAUUGAUUAGACUGUUGGGAAGAUUUUGCUGCAGGGCACUUCAACAAAUAUGGGGUAGACAAUUACGAAAUUUACUCGAGGCACUAACACAUGAUGACAAUGAAAAUGUUAAAAAUGCAGCUGAAAGUGCAAUUGAUGAAUUAAAAAAAUUAAUGUAUUACAAUCAACAAACUCCAAUUUAACAUGAAAAAAUAAUUAAUAAAUGACAAGUGUUUGAUACACGUGCUGUAUUUCCACGUGGACGAUGGGUCAACGUUCCAUGAUUAUCGACUUUCGUUAUGUCUACAUACGUGUAUAUCACACAAGUAAUAAUAUUUUUGUAUUUAUUAAUUUAUUUAUUAUUAUUUUUAAUCUAUGUAUGUGUAGAAAAUAUAUAUUUAUGUACACACGCAAGCAAUACACGACCUUUCAUUAAAUCAUCAACGUCUCGGUUAGAAUAUUAUUAUUUAUUACAAUUUGCAGAUCAUGAAAACCGGUAUUAACUGGUAUUGCAAAUGCAUUUUUUUUUUUUAAAUUAUCAAGUUCUUGUUACCUCACAUCAACUACCACUAAUCACACAUAUAUCACAAUAC